UUAAUUACCAUGCAAGCUAAUGAGUUGGUACAACCAUCAAUUAUGAUCAAGAUCAAUUUACAUGGGACUUGAUACUUGCGACGUGGGAGUCAUCACACUACAUCCAACGCUGUGUUCCGGUCAUCUUGCAUUGUCCACGAUUGAUUUUGCACUUGACUUAUUCAUUGAAACAUUGUGGAGGGAAGCUCUAUAUAGCUGCUGACGACCAAAUGUGGACUAAGAAUUAAGUUAUCUUAAUUGCCAGUUUUGUUACGGCUUUCGACGAGGAGGGAAUUCGCAGCGCGAUUUGUGGAUUAAAAUGGAUUCAUUUUAAUGCCGUCAGUGACAGGUGAAUACGUUUAAUGAUAGCUAAUUUGUCUGUCAGUGUAAUCAGAACGUAUACAAAGUGUUAUUAUAUGGGCCUUUUGCGUUUUACGGACACGAAAAAUUUUAACGGAUUUAUUCAUCAUUUGGAAGAACAACAUUAAUUUUUGGGUUGAAAAUCAAACAUUAUUUCAUAAAUUAAUCAAACGGAAAAUGUUGAAUAGUCUGAGUGAAUAUGCCUGUGUAUUCCUUUGAGAUAGAAACCGACCUGGUUUAGCUAAUUUACAUCGAAUAAAUGCCUGUAUUGUAUAAUCUUUGUUAAUCGCUGGCCAUUGAACAUAACAUUACACAACCGGUCUACCGUCAUUAAUAAAAGACAACCGCAAUAAUCAACAAGGCUACUUAGGGACUAAGCGGAUUAUAAAAGGUAUAACGGACAAAUACAAAACAACGCAGUAAACAGGCGGUUAUUACAACUGAUGUUAAUCCUAAUAAACGAUUGAAAAUAGAUUGUACAAUAAAAAGUCGCCGUAGUUGAGAGUUAAAACUUCUAGAUUGCUCUGUGGUAGUGGCUGACAUUAGCGAAACAAGCUUAAAAUAACUAACUACACCAAAAGCAGGAAGAUUUCGAUUACAUUUAACGUGACGGAAGUUGUGUUGUUCGAAUGCAUUUUUUCUCGGAAUAUUUAGGAAAAUAAUUGAGACGUUCUAGAAAGAGUCCUGACGUUCUGAUUCGUUGAAUGUGCAGGCCCCGGUAUGGCUUUGCAAGUAGAGUCGAGCCCGCUGGGCGAACAGGUGGUUCCGGCUCGACGAGUCUCCAACGUCGACUACAUUCCUACCCUGGAUGGCCAGAUCAUUCGACAGACGUCUAAGAUACACCAACCGUCACCAGGACACAAAAAGCAAUGGGGCAGAGUAAAAAACGUAGCUCAAAUUUGGAACGAGCAUCAGAGCGGCGACGACCAGAGCGACACUGCCGAUGAGCAGCCGAAAAAGUCGUUCGGCGUCAACGAUUUUCAACGGACCGCGCGGCUAUUGAUGAAGUCCCGCAGAGUCGUCGAGAAAAUGAAGACGCAAUACAACGCUCAGGUUAUUGAGCGCCUGAAGCAGCGAGAGGUACGACACAGUCUCGAUUUAUCGGAUUUUGGUCAUUAUACAGACCCGGAUAUGUUCAGUAAUUACAAUUUAAAAGCCAUCCACGAAAGAAAAUGGCGAAAGAAGCAGCUCAAGAUUGCAGUCUUGCAGGGGAAGUUCUUGAACGAACUACCGGAACUUAGGGAAGCCUCCGUGAAAGAUCGUUUGCAUUCUAAAAUUCUGGCCUUGGAGAAAAUAAAAACUUCAAAAUAUAUCAAGGAUAUAGGGAACGACAUUAUAGAGAAUGCGUCGAUGGCUGCGCCGUCUAGCGAGUCCCAGGAGCCUUUUACCAGACGACAAAGGAGACUGCGACAGAGCAUUGACAUGUCGGUCAUUUCAAACUACGAUCGCUUGCUACAUGAGACAACAGACUCGGAAGUGUUCCCGGAAAUAACGCUCAGUGACGUAGAUCGGCUAUUGGCGGUGUCGAAGAGCCGGGUGCGCAUAGAGGAAGAAAUGAACUUGCCCGCCGACCGCCGGGAGCGGCUCUCCUUGCUGAAAACGAACGUGGAGAAGAUUAACGGAAAGUUUCGGAAAUUACUGAAUGGGAACCGUACCGAGGCGGGGCACAAGGCGGCGGCUACGCUAGAGGAGGAUGUUCCGUACUACGCACCGUCGCGAUUCGAUCAAACAGGGAUGGCGCUACAAUUCUUUCGGAAAUAUGCCCGAAUCGUCGUCAUUGUCACCCAAUGGAUAACGAUGAUCAUGACCAAGCGAUACGACUUCGAGAAGGAGCUGAAAUCGUUCGUGGACAUUGCCAACGACGUUGAGGAGAAGGCCAUCGCGACCACCAUGAAUGAGUUCGGGCUCUCGUUCGACAAGAAGUUCUUCAAGGCAAAUAGGGAGAUUACCCUGAGCUCUGAACACAGGAAGAUUCUGACGACGCGCUGGCAAUCGAGAACCCCCCACAUGAUCAAACAGGUGAUGAAUGGCCUGCAGUCGCUGAGGUCACUGACCGAGUAUCCCCUGCAGACCCAGGAGAAACUCUGCAAGGUGGCCUGGUAUCAGACGAUCGAUGCGAAGAAGCUGAUAGUGCGACAAGGUCAUCACGCGGAGUCCUUCUAUUUUAUUAUAUCAGGCACAGCGUUCGUGAAGAAGAUGAUUCAGGACCCAGUGACCGGCGAGCUCAAUGUCCAGGUAGCGGCUAGACUCACAAGGGGACACAGCUUCGGGGAGAUCGGCCUGCUGUUCGACACGCUGCGCACGGCGACGGUGGAGAGCGCGACGCCCAUGGAGCUGCUCGUGAUUGGCAAAGAGGAUUUCGUACGCAUCUUCAUGAAGGCCGACAAUCCAGACGAGGAGCCGGAUCAUAUCCAGUUCAUCAAAAAAAUCCCGUUCAUGUCGACGUGGCCACUUGAUGUACUGAAGCUCGAGGCUGGGGCCUGUCUUACCCAUUACUUCAAACGUGGCAGUCUAAUUACCGACAAUGACCGGCAUAGUGAAUGGAUCUACUUUAUUAUGACUGGAACAUGCGAAGUGUUAAAGAAACUCAAGGCUGUGAAACCACGUGACCCAAGGGAGCUGCGGCCCCGAGUUGAUCUCAUGUCUGACGUCAUCUUACCGGAAAUUGCGAUGGCUAACACGCAACCGAAAAUCAAUAGCGGCAAAACCCGGCACAACAAGCGGACGAUCCACCCAGAGGUGUUCCAGGACAUGACGAAUUUCUAUGACUCCCUUCGGCGGAGAUACACGCCCGACCCUAUUUCCGUGGAGAGCCCUUCUAAGGACCUUACAGACCUACCCGAGUCCCUCCCAAGGCUCUUCAUACGUACCGCAUCGACCCGGAAGUUCUCCCUAGGGGAGAAGGGUGGUCCAAGAAAGGUCCGCUUCAAGGAAGACCACACCGUUACUCUCGACACCGACGACGCUGACGACGAAGAGGAGGAGGAGGAAAUCAAGUUCGUGCCUCUUCCGCCCAGCCAAAAGGAGAGGCCGUCCUCCAGAGCUAAACUGGACGAAUCGACUUCGAAAUUGCGGCCCCAGAGCUUUAGAGUGCCAUCUCGUGAGAAACUGCACGCCGAGUACCGGCCUGUUUCCCAGAAUACGUCAUACUCGACGUCAAGCGCACCUGCCGGUGACGUGUUCGUUCAGGUGGAGGUCCUGUAUCCUAAGGACUGCUUUGGUCUGAACACGCUCAAGUACGUGAUGGACGCGGACGAUGUGGUGUUUGAUGUGGACGGCGGCGUGGAGUCGCCCAUCUUGUCGUUGGUGAGCCGUGGAGCGGAAGUGAUCAUGCUCUCCAAGAAAGUGCUCCUAAAGUACGCUGACCAGCGCUGCAAGCUGCGCAUCCGUGACAUCAUCAAGGUGUACCCGGCGGAGGACACCAUGCAGGAGAGCAUGCAGCUAGAGGCGGACUGGUCGGCAUACAAGGAAAACGUGAUGGCCGCGUACAUGAGCACUCGGCUCAACUCAGUUUAGCGGAACGGAUUCCCUGUGUUUGUUGUCAUCGGUAGCUUGGACUCGGUAGCUUUAUGUAUUAACAAUAUUACCAUAUACAUGUACAGUAUCAGGCAGUUGAUCACUGCUGUAUAUCAGCCAGUACACAAGUUGCUACUGUUGUUUAGGCAGGUGGCUACUGUUGUUUAGACAGGUGACUACUGUCGUUUAGACAGGUGACUACUGUUGUUAAGGCAGGUAACUACUGUUGUUUAGGCAGGUGGCUACUGUUGUUUAGGCAGGUGGCUACUGUUGUUUAGACAGGUGACUACUUUGGUUUAGACAGGUGACUACUGUUGUUUAUGCAGGUGGCCUCUUUUGUUUAGACAGGUGGCUACUGUUGUUUAGGCAGGUGGCUACUGUUGUUUAGGCAGGUGGCUACUGUUGUUUAGACAGGUGACUACUGUUGUUUAGACAGGUGGCUACUGUUGUUUAGGCAGGUGGCUACUGUUGUUUAGGCGGGUGGCUACUGUUGUUUAGAUAGGUGACUACUGUUGUUCAGGCAGGUGACUACUGUUGUUUAGGCAGGUGGCUACUGUUGUUUAGGCAGGUGGCUACUGUUGUUUAGACAGGUGACUACUGUCGUUUAGACGAGUGACUAUUGUUGUUUAGGCAGGUGGCUACUGUCGUUUAGGUAGGUGGUUACUGUUGUUUAGGCACGUUAACACUGUUGUUUAGGCAGGUUGACAUUAUUGUUUAGGCAGAUGGCUACUGUUGUUUAGGCAGGUGGCCACUGUUAUUUAGGCAGGUUAAAACUGUUGUUUAGGCAGGUUAACCAUGUAGUUAAGGCAUGUGGCUAUUGAUGAUCAAGCAGGUGGCUACAGUCGUUUAUGCAGGUUAACACUGUUGUUUAGACAGGAAGCUAAAGUCGUUAAGGCAGGUUAACACUGUUGUUAAGGCAGGUGGCUUUUGGCGUUUAAGCAUGUGGCUACUGUCGUUAAGGCAGGUGGCUACUGUUGUCUAGGCAGGUGGCUACAGUCGUUUACUGAAAUCUCAAAUAAACAUAUAUAGUACGUGUGAAGAAAUCUCGAAAACGUAUAAAGACUUGUUUUUGUGAUUACAGCGAAUAAACACUAGAAUACGAUAUGACUAAAGAAGUUCCUGCUUGUGUUUUAGUAAGAUGAAGUCUUUGUUGAAUUAUUUUGUAUAUUCAUAUUUUUCGCUAUUUGUAUUACGUUUCAACAUAUUCUGUUUGUUUUGUUUAAUUUGAUUUUAUGCCAACGAAAUAAAAAUAAAAAAGAA